UCCUCUCUCUUCUGCUCUGUUCACCUGUGAUCAGCGGAUGCAAGUCACACACGCUCCCUCCCUCCCUCUCUCUCUCUCUCGAAGUUAGCAAAGAACAAAAAAAAUAGAUCUGUUAAGAAUAAGAGCGAGAGAGGAGGGGUAUGCGCGUGUGUGCCGGAGAGAGAGAGAGAGAGAAGGACAUUGCCGAGUGCUCCGCACACUCCUCCCUCCUUGCAAAGUGAAGCAGCAAGUUUGCCUUGCACCUGUUUGAGCAGCUUGAAUCCAGAUCGCCACCGAUCCCUGAAAGUGGUUUGCAAAAGGGAGAAAGUUUUCGCCUGCGGGGUUGCCGAUCGCUCUCGUCGCGUUUUUCGUCGUCUUCUCCGUUUUUUUUUUUUUUGUACAUCUAUAUCUAUACAGAUACAAACAUUUUUUGCCUCGCUCCCCUUCCUCCGUGGCUCCUCUAUGUUUGAUUAUUUUUUCACGCCUGGUGCCGGUGGAAAAUAAAAAAGCUACUUGAAUGUACAGCAUGAUGAUGGAAACGGACUUGCACUCCCCCGGUGGAGCCCAGGCCCCCACGAACCUCUCGGGGCAGACCGGAGCGGGAGGCGGCGGCGGAGGGGGCGGGGGGAACAAAGCGAACCAGGACCGGGUCAAGAGACCCAUGAACGCCUUCAUGGUGUGGUCGCGGGGCCAGCGGCGGAAGAUGGCCCAGGAGAACCCCAAAAUGCACAACUCGGAGAUCAGCAAGCGCCUGGGGGCCGAGUGGAAAGUCAUGUCCGAGGCCGAGAAGAGACCGUUCAUCGACGAGGCGAAGCGGCUGCGGGCGCUGCACAUGAAGGAGCACCCGGAUUAUAAAUACCGGCCCCGGCGGAAGACCAAGACCCUGCUCAAGAAGGACAAGUACUCGCUGGCCGGGGGGCUGCUCAGCACGGUGUAA